UCUGUUGUGACUCGGGCAGCCUAUCCCGAGGGUGGGGAGCUGCCGAGGAGCCUGAGCCGAGCGGUACUCCGCAGCAUCACGUGCCGGGGUGGGGGCUAUAAAAUCCCGGAGCCGGGGCGCCGGGCGGGGGACGUGAGGACCAGCCCUCUCCGGGGACCCCUUUGUUCCCGGCCCAGACUCCUACACCUUUGCGUCCCCAAGGGUUUGACCGCCGGCGUCCACGCAGCUCCCGGGGCAGAGCUCAGGACACGAGAGGGGAGGGGUCGCCGUGGCCGGGCCCUCCAGCCACCCACCCCUCUCGACAUGUCGCGCUCCUUCUAUGUCGACUCGCUCAUCAUCAAGGACUCCUCACGGCCGGCGCCCUCGCUGCCUGAACCGCACCCCGGGCCGGAUUUCUUCAUCCCGCUGGGCAUGCCGUCCCCACUGGUGAUGUCCGUGUCCGGGCCAGGCUGCCCGUCCCGCAAGAGCGGCGCUUUCUGCGUGUGCCCUCUCUGCGUCACUUCUCACCUGCACUCCUCUCGGGGGCCGGCGGGCGCCGGCGGCGGGGGCGCGGGAGCCGGGGGUACGGGGGCCGGGGCCAGCGGGGCGACUGCGGGGGCCGGGGCCCUUCCCCUGCUCAAGAGCCAGUUCUCUUCGGGGCCCGGGGACGCGCAGUUUUGCCCGCGGGUGAGCCACGCGCACCAUCACCACCACCCGCCGCAGCACCACCAUCACCACCAGCAGCCCCAGCAGCCCGGCUCAGCCGCUGCAGCGGCGGCGGCGGCGGCGGCGGCGGCGGCAGCCGCGGCGGCCUUGGGGCACCCACAGCACCACGCACCCGUCUGCGCCGCCACCCCCUACAACGUGGCGGACCCGCGGAGAUUCCACUGCCUCGCCAUGGGAGGCUCCGACGCCAGCCAGGUACCCAACGGCAAGAGGAUGAGGACAGCGUUCACGAGCACUCAGCUCCUGGAGCUGGAGCGAGAAUUCUCUUCCAAUAUGUACCUGUCUCGACUCCGGAGGAUCGAAAUUGCCACGUACCUGAACCUGUCGGAGAAGCAGGUGAAAAUCUGGUUUCAGAACCGCCGGGUGAAGCACAAGAAGGAGGGGAAGGGCACGCAGAGGAACAGUCACGCGGGCUGCAAGUGCGUUGGCAGCCAGGCGCACUACGCGCGCUCGGAGGACGAGGACUCCUUGUCGCCGGCCUCCGCCAACGACGACAAGGAGAUUUCCCCCUUAUGAGGGAAGGCCGCUACCCCCUCACAACUGGGCUCCUGGCAGCCCCGAGCAACUCCAACGUGGGGUGGGGGUGGGGGUGAGGGACCCAGGGAUCAAAAUCCUCGCAGAUCAGUGAUCCCAUCUGGAGAAGAAACAAAUGAAGUCCCGGAAUACACAAGCCGGGCAUGACCCUCGGGUCUCCUUCUUGACCUGUUUAUUUGGGACUCUACUCGAAGUUUAUAGAUUGUUUU